AAAAUAGUCAUAAGAGGAUACCGCCAAUCAUCCUUGCAUUAGUCACUAGAGCUACCAGAGAUUUUACGCAGAGAGGGGGUGUUGAAGUAUCGAGAGGCGCCAUUGCCGUAACCGACCUUUCACCAAUUUUCCCCUUUUCUCUCAGAAUACCCAAUACACAGCUUUAGCUCUUUCCACAAGUAUACCUCUCAGUUGCUCUCGCAGUGAAUCCCUUCUAUCUUACGGAUUUUGCCUUAAUUCACGUCAUCCUUCGUCAAAACCCUAAAAGAUGUCGGGCGGGUUUUUUCGGGGUACUUCUGCUGAUCAAGACACUCGAUUCUCGAACAAGCAAGCCAAGUUGUUGAAAUCGCAGAAGUUCGCUCCCGAAUUGGAACAUCUGGUGGAUAUGAGGAAAGUGAAGAUGGAUGUUAUCAGACCAUGGAUUGCUAAUAGGGUGACUGAGCUUCUUGGGUUUGAAGAUGAAGUUCUUAUCAACUUUAUUUAUGGCCUCCUUGAUGCAAAGGAAGUGAAUGGGAAGGAGGUUCAAAUAUCACUUACAGGAUUUAUGGAGAAAAACACUGGAAAGUUUAUGAAAGAGCUUUGGACACUUCUUCUCAGUGCACAGAAGAAUGAUAGUGGUGUUCCUCAGCAAUUCUUGGAUGCCAAAGAAGAGGAAACACGGAAGAAGCAGGCAGAGGUGGAUAGAAUAACAAAUGAAAUUCAGAAGAAGAAAGAGAAGGAGGGUAAAGAAUUUAAGUGGGAGCGAUCAAAGAAGAUGGACGGUGGGGCCGAAACUAAGGCCAAUGUUGCUGCUGUGGAGUCAGCCUCAAAGCAUAUGGCAAAAGGUUUGAGUGGUGGUCCAGAGGAUGAGAAAGAAACUGACAAUGGAAAUGGUGUUAGAGGGAGGAACAGGUCUUCUAAAUCUCCCCAUUCAGCUGAUCGUUCAUCUUCAUCAUCCCCUCGAGGUUCACCUUCUCGAAACAGCAGGUCAUUUUCAAAUUCUGGGAGUUAUUCUGGUGGCAGACACAAGACUAGGAGUCUGUCAAGAUCACCAGAAGCACAAAGGCGAUCUGUUUCUUCGGAAAGGGUCUACCGCUCACCAGUAAGAAAAUCUGUUACACCUCGCCGGAGGUAUUCAUCUCGAGGCUCUCUUUCUCCUUCAAGGAACAGACCAUUGUAUUUUAGGCAAAGAUCAAGAUCAUCUUCACGCCGCAGAUCACCUUCUCCAAUACGACGUAGAUUGCACUCUCCAUUUCGACGCAGAUCGCCCUCAGCAAUUCACCAUAGAUCUCCCUCGCCUAUUCGGCGUCAUAGAUCUCCCUCACCCAUUCAACGUCGUAGAUUGCCCUCGCCCAUUCGACGCCGUAGAUCGCCCUCGCCCUUUCGCCGUAGAUCACCCUCGCCCUUUCGCCGUAGAUCACCCUCACCCAUUCGACGCCGUAGAUCGCCUUCACCCAUUCGACGCCGUAGAUCGCCUUCACCCCUUCGACGCAGAAGAUCACCUUCGCCCCUUCGACGCAGAAGAUCACCCUCACCUGUGCGGCGUAGAUCACCCUUGCCCAUGCAGAUGCAGCAUAGGUCACCCUCACCGGUGCAGCGUAGAUCUCCCCCUAUACGACGCAGAUCACCCUCUCCCUUCCGCCGCAGGUAUCAGAGAUCCCCAUCAACUCCCCAUCACAGGUCUCCAUCUCCAAGACAUAGGUCACCUAUUCCUGCCCAUAGGAGAUCACCAAUGCCUUCUCGUCGGAGGUCUCCUUCGCCUUAUGGAUCAAGUUCUCCUUCUCCUGUCCAGUAUAGGUCUUCUUCACCUGUAAGGAGAUCUUCAAAGGAACAUAGGAGGUCGCCUGCGCAAUCUCUUGGGGAAAGAGUUAGUAUGCGGGAAAAAUCAUCCCCCGUGUUGCGUAGACCCUUUAAUUCUUUGAGGUCACCACAAAGAGAUUCAAAGGAUUGGAAGGAUUCGCGUGUUAAAUUGUCAUCUUUGUCGCCUUCACCAGAGAAGUCUCCAGUUCGGCUGGAAUCUUCACCAAUUACAAGGACUAAGAAUUCUAGUGAGGAUAGAAGGUCAAUUAGUCCAUAUGAGAGCCCUGUGAGGCAAAGAAAAGGGAUAAGAAAUAGGUCUUCUAGUCCAUCCCGGAGUCCUGUGAGGCAAAGAAGGGGCCAUGUUACACAUGAUGACAGCUUAAGCCCUCCACAUAAGCCAAGACAGCAGAAAACUUAUCAAGAAAUUCCUCAGUAUAGAAAAGAGGAUGAAGAUACUGAUCAUGCUCGGGAUUAUAAAUCCAGGUCUUCGCAGAAACGUUCUAUGCAUACAUCUGUCAUCAGUAAGCAGAAAGAUUCUCCUGUCAAGGUCCAUUCGAAGAAUGAUAAUUCACCUGAAAGAAUGGCAGGUCAUCAGGUUAAUGAAUCUCUGAGCCAUCUUGAUAUUGUGGAAUCAAGGAAGAAAGACCAGGAAAUAAAGAGUGAGAAGGGUUCUCAGAAGGGGGCUUAUUCUGAAACACCGGAGCGGCAGAAGUCUCCAACCUCAUAUGAGGAGCCUUCGCUGGGGAAGAGACAAAUGUCUUAUGCGGGAGAGGGUAAAAAAUCUGAUGAGAGAAACCAUUCACAUUCAAACAAGGUCAAGGACAGUGAUAAGUGCCAUAAGUCAGAAACUAUGCAGAUGUUGGUGGAAAAAGCUGAUCACAGUAAUGGAGGCGGUAGUGCGUUUGAUUAUGGUUCUGAGGAAAGUGACAAGCGCAGAACUGAGAACAAGGAAAAGCGAAAGCAUAAAAGAUCACAUAGGGAAGAAGUGGCUUCAGAUGAUGAUUACAGUUAUGAUUCUGAAUAUGAAGAAAGGAAAGAGGCUAAGAGGAGGAGGAAGGAAGAAAAGAAACUACGAAAGGAGGAAAAACGUCGGCGGCGUGAGGAGCGACGUCGUAGAAAGGAAGAACGGCGUGCAGAGAAGCUCAAGUUGAAGGGUUUAAAUGAUGUUAAUUCUUCUGAUGAUGAACCUGCGGGGAGGAGGGAUCCAAGUGACAGUGAAGAUGCACAUACUGAGCAGAAGAAACUUGAGAUUGAAUUGAGGAAGAAGGCUCUUGAAUCACUUAAAGCAAAGAAGGGCAUUAGUCACUAAUUUAUUGCUGUCGUGAACAUUACUGUUUUAUUCUAGUUAAGCUGUUUUUUAUAUAUUUGCUAGGAACUUUGUUUUGAAUGGGAGUUCUUUUAUAUUGGUAACUGUUUAAUGUAGCCUGUUUGCUGCUGGCAGCUGAAAUGGAUAAAUGAGGGUUUCCUGAGCUA